AUGUACUCCAUGUUCCCCAUGGUGGAGAAGUCGUACCGCGUCAACAUCACGGACGAGAUCGAGCGCGACUUGCGUUUCCUGGGGCAGUCGCGCGUGGACGCGCUCACGUCUCCGUUCGCCAUGAAGCUCCUGAAGGAGAAGGGCGGCGUCAAGCUCUACGAACUGUGCGAGAAGGAGUUCUACACCAUGAAGGCCGUCACGACGGUGCACGCGCCGAUCCAGGAAGUCAUGCACAUGCUCCGGAUGGACACGACGUCGCAACUACGGGAGACCAUGGGCGAGAUCUUCGGCACGCUCUUCCUCGACGGCGUCGUGCUCUACAAGAAGCCGGACUCGCCCACGCGGUCGAACGAGGGUCUCUCCGUCAGCUGGACAGCGCUGCAGGCGUCCAAGCCCAACCUGCCUCACAGAGACUACGUGUUCCUGAGGUAUAGCGACGUCUUCGAGAAGAACUUGGAGCACGGCAGCUUGUACCAGAACAACGGCUCGGGGCUUUACAUCGGCGCCUCCAUUUGGGAAUCUAUCGAGCUCGACGGCUGCGAGCCGCUGCCUCCCUCUCAGAACGUGGUGCGUCUGCGUCUUCGUCGCUCGGGUAUUGUCGUGGAGGAGACUGCACACGAUGGCCCGCUGGAGAUCUCAUUGUUUCUGUCCGAGAGUCACCCGGGCCGUGACGCUGUGUCCACGCUCACCCGCUCGUGGAUGACCAAGGUCGUGAGCUGCGUCUCCCAGAUCUCGAACGCGCUGCUGACGCGAGCUUUGGGCUCGCAGAGCCUUCUCACCAAGCGCGACUUCCGCAAGAACGGCCCGAACUGCCACCUGUGCCUCAAAGCCUUCAGCGUCUUCCGUCGCAAGCACCACUGCCGCGUAUGCGGCGACGUCGUGUGCAGCAGUUGUUCCGAGAUGAAGACAAUCCGCCAGGCCAGUUGCAACCGCGAGGUGCGGCUGUGCAACUCAUGCCGCACUGCCAGCACCACGUCGAUCCUGUCGUCCAACAGCGGCUCCAACUCGAACUCCGUGUCGCUCACCACCGGAAGCCAUCGCAGUCUGGCGAGUUUCUCCAGCUCGUUCGACGGCCACGAGCUGGAGGCCAGCAACAUUUCGCUGUCUGGCAGCACGGCCAACCUGUCCGAGGUUUACAGCGAGACGGCACGCCCUAAGACGCACCCGUUGAAGAGCAAUGGAUCGUUCCGCCGCCAGCGCUCCACCGAUAGUCCAGUGCUCAACCCAGCCAGCGAGUUCAGCCGAGGCGGCAACAGCCCAGACAAGCUCGACGACUUCGACACAAUCUCCGAGUUCUCCGAGUUCAGCGAGUUCCACUGGAACGACGAGGUGACUCGGCCAAGCGUCGAUGAGCUGGCCCACCUUGAAAAGAAGCUCACCGUGCGGGCCAACACGCCAUUCAACUACGCCCUGAGCUACAGCAGUCGGCAGGAGUGGCCCAAGGCGCCAAUUCCAGCGGAGGAGGCUGAACGACUCCAGAAGGUGCGCUCACUGCACUUGGCCGACCCCGGCAGGCAGUUCCAGGACAUGUGCGAGUACGCUGCGGCCGAGCUGGGCUGCCAGAUCGCGGCAAUCAGCUUCAUCGGUGACAAGAGCGGCUUCCUCAUGGCCCGAGUGGGGCUGGACAAACGCGAGCUACCGCGCAACGUGCUGAUGGACGCCCACGCCAUCAUGUCCACAGAGCCCACGGUCAUCCUGGACGCGACGGAGGAUCUGCGCUUCGCCAGCAACCCGCUGGUAGCUGACGGUCGAGUGCGGUUCUUCGCGGGCUUCCCCAUGGUCACAUCCGAUGGGCACAUCGUGGGCUCCUUCAGCGUGGCCGACCCGUUCGCGCGCGAGCUGCUGCCUGGAGACAAGUACCUGUUCCUGCGCAACCUGGCCAACGUGGCGAUCCGCGGCGUCGAGCAGAACACGCUCAUGAGCAUUGCAGUACGGCGGGACGGCGGUAACGUGCACAAAGUCAAGUCGUCGAUCCGCGCGCCGCCGCCUCCAGGCAUGAACGCCGCCGACGCCGAGCUUACGAUGCAGGAGCUGCUGCGAACAGCCUACACGACGCAGUGCCAAGUCCGCAUGCAGGUGAACCCGCUGUCCGAGUGA